GUGAUCCUUUUCCACAUAACACGUGUAAAACGAUGACCGAGACAGAUUUCGAGGCCAUCAAUAAAAAUUUUACAGAAUGGUUUUGCGCCAACGGUGGAAUCAUCUCUUCCAAGAUUGCAUUCAAAGAUUAUACAUUUGAGAACGCGGGUCGCGGUGUAGUUGCGAUUGAUGAUAUUGAGGUGUAUAUCGAGUGUUUUCACGUUUCGUCGUAG